AAAAACCUAAACCAGAACUCACAUCAAGCCAUAAAGGUGCUGCACUGAUAGGAAAUCCAGUGGUUCUGUACUGUAAGCUGGAUCAGUCUGCUGGAUGGACGUUUUACUGGUUCAAACACACACAGAACCCUGAGAAUGAGACCAAGACUGAAACACACUCCUACAGCAUCAGCUCAGUCAGUGUCUCUGAUGGAGGACAGUACUGGUGCAGAGCUGGGAGAGGAGACCCAGUCUACUACACUCACUACAGUGAUGCCCUCUGGAUAAACGUCACUGGUACGACUCGUUCAGACUCUCUGAUGGUCAGUCCCAGCAGAACUCAACACUUUACUAAAGACUCUCUCUCACUGAGCUGUGAGGGACAGAGUGACUCUACUGGAUGGAGAGUGAGACGAUACACACACAGUGAGAAGGUGUCAGAUUGUUCAUCAGGCUGGGGAUCAGUUACAGGAUCUACAUGCAACAUCAGCUCCCUCUACACAUCCCACACUGGAGUGUACUGGUGUGAGUCUGAAUGUGGAGAGAGCAGCAGUCCUGUCAACAUCACAGUGCACAAUGGUGAUGUGAUUCUGGAGAGUCCUGUCCAUCCUGUGACUGAGGGAGAUCCUCUGACUCUGCGCUGUUUAUAUCGUGACCCAAAGCCCUCAAACCUCACAGCUGAGUUCUAUAAGAAUGGAUCACUCCUCCAGACUCAGACUACAGGAGAGAUGACCGUCCGUACUGUCUCAAAGUCAGAUGAAGGUCUCUACCACUGUAAACACCCAGAGAAAGGAGAGUCACCACAGAGCUGGAUCUCAGUCAGAGGUUCUGAAUCUAAUGUUGCAAAAGUAGCAGUGUCUGUGGUACUGAGUUUAGUCCUGAUCCUCAUCGUAAUACUGGUCCUGUUUUGGUGCUACAAGAAGAAGAAAGGAGAUCAGCAGAACACCAAUCAGACACCAGACCAGAGUCAUAAACCAGGAUCCACACUGCUGCAGGCUGGUUCUGGACCUGAACCUGGUGAUGUGACUUAUGCUCAGAUUGAUCUGAAAGAGAAGAAGAAGUUGAAGAAAACUCAGGAUAAUCUACUUGAGGAUGAUUCUGCUGCUGACUCCAGUGAUGUAACUUAUGCCCAAAUUAAGACAAAUAAAAAGAAAUUCAGAGGAAAAGCAACAACAUCAGAUGAGGUGACAUAUUCCCAGAUUGCGAUGAAAAGCCUGAAACAGGACAGCAAAGAUUCUGGACCUGAACCUGGUGAUUUGACUUAUGCUCAAAUUAAUCUGAAAGGCAAGAAGAAGCCGAAGAAAACUCAGAACAAGCUGCUUGAAGGUGAGAUCAAAGAAAAAUUAGUGCUGACAGGGAAGAGCAGUGAGGGAGCUGAUACUGUCUACUCAGAACUGAAGCACUGAAUAACAAAGGUCCACAAAGAAAGCCUGUGUGCCUUUAAUCCUUAAAAAGAGUUCCUGAAAAGCAUCAUGGCUGCCCAGAUGUGUCCUCUGAGU